AUGUCUUCGAGACAGGGCUUGUCAUCGACGGCCGCAUCAGUGGAUGGUUUGCCUAAACUAAUAGUUCCCGAGUUUAACAAAACCAUUGAUAGACUGAAAGUGUCGACCAAACCAUUCGCAAGAAGUGGUGAAGAAUUGCAGAAUUUAUACCAAAUUAUAGACGACUUCUCCCGAAGUGAUGGCGUCGGAGCCAAACUCCACAGUCUUCUGGAGCACAAGUCAUCGCAAACUAAUAACUGGUUGUCUCACGACUGGUGGAUGAAUAAGGCAUACCUGGAGGGUAGGGAUUCAGUGAUGAUUUGGUCCAAUCCUGGACUCGUAUUCCCAGAUCUGAAGACAUUGACGAGGACUGCGAACAAGGAAUUUGUGGUUCAAUUCAUUUCUCGACUAACGAUCGCCUUAUUUGAGGGCAACUUAUUUGAUGCCGACGUCUGGACCUGA